GAUACGUCUCUCUUCUUCGUGGCAAAGUGGAAGAUGGACAGUGAUGGCGAUGAUGCCAUCCUCUCACAUCAGUAGCAGUUCCGUGGAGCAAACAAAGUCCCAUCGCAUCAAACAACAUGCAGUUGGGAACUUGAAACUGAAAUACUAGUUUUCUAAUGCUCCUCCACAUUAAAUAUGCAUUAAUGCCAUGCUAAUAUAAACCUGUCAGCUGAGGGCAGAGGAUGAAACUCAAGCUUAAGCAUGAUUUCCUCUGGUACUUUACUCUCGUUGCAGGAGGCCAGCCAUUAAACAAUGCCAUGUAAAGAAGCAAGCACUGUCUCUUAGUUGUUCGUGGGGUAUUUGUGUUGCUGCUGAUCGGAUUCAGAGGAGCAAAAGAGGAUCUCUCACUCUUUCUUUUUUUUUUGUUUCUUUUUUUUUUUAACUUUCCAACUUGGUGAUGGGCAUGGAUGAACAUAGCAGCAGUAGCAGUGGCUACAUUUCCUGCCAAGGAGACGAGGAGAGGAAGCUCUCCUACUUGUUCGACCAUUUGCCAGUGAACUUGUCAUCUUAUGCGUCUACUUGUGCCGUCGGCUUCCUCUCUUCUGAGCCUGAGCAGAUGCCGUCCUCCUCCUCAUUCCCUAACUCUUCUUCCUGUGUCGAUGGUGGAAGCAAAUCACUGGAGCAGGACUUUGACUCUGUUGACUGGGAAAGUGAGGAGGGAUUGGAGGUGCUCGAGGAGCCUGUGAAGCUUGUUCCACUCAGGAGCUCAGGCUCAAAGCGAAGCAGGGCUGCAGAAGUUCAUAACAUGUCUGAGAAGAGGAGGAGGAGUAGAAUAAAUGAGAAGAUGAGAGCAUUGCAGAAUCUUAUUCCCAACUCGAACAAGACAGACAAGGCUUCCAUGCUCGAUGAGGCCAUUGAAUAUCUCAAACAAUUGCAGCUCCAAGUUCAGAUUCUCUCGAUGCGGAAUGGGCUCAACUUCCAUUCCAUGUAUAUGUCCGGAGCUCUUCAAUCUCUGCAAGCCUCUCAAAUGAGCAUCGGUUUCAGUUCGGAUCAUGAUCCAGCAACGAAAGUGGAAUCCACCAUGAUACCAUUGAACCAAGAUUCAGCAGCUGCUCAAACAUCAUUUGGUGUGCCUGGACAACACGGAUGCUCGCAGCCAUUGCCCGUGAUGCCCGGUCUCAUCAAUGUGACUAAUCCACGGAUGAACUCAUCGCAAUCCCAGCACGGAUCAUUCCAAGUUCCUCCAUCUUGUGAGGCGAUGUUCACCGGUGACCUAUCGACCCACAUGAACUUAGUUUCAGUUCACUAUGCCCACAACCUCUCAGAAACUGAGAGAAGUUCAUCAGCCAUGAAUCCUGAACAAGUGACUGGGCAAACAACAUCAGGAAUUUGCAUCAACCAUCACCUGGAAGAAUUAUCAAAUGAUGACAGUUUCAUCCAUCACCUGCAAGGCUUGGGGACUGGGGGUGCUUUUCCGAGUGCUGAUGCCAAUGCCAAGGAAGAACAUCAAAGUUACUAGAGUACAUUGAAUGCUUUAGCUUGGACUUGACUAAUGUUGAGUGCUUUUAAGGCAAUAGGAUUUAGACUCAGCAGCAAGAGAAGCAUUUACAUCUGUUUUUGGGAUUUUAGAGGACUUGUAUUUUGAACAUCUCUUUAGCACUGAGAUGAUGAAAAAGUGUGACUGAUCAUGAAUAGCUCCACUUCUCAGUGCUGAAGAAUUUUUCAUCAUUUAUGUAGAAAAAAAGAUUAAAUCAAGAACAUCAAUCUCGUAAAAGAAAUUUAGAUGUAAUUGGUUAAUAUUGAUGCUAUAGUUAUGUGUUU